CACUAUUUUUAUUUCAUCAAAAACUGACAACACAGUACAUAAACGUCAAUUGACUUCGUCUAAUAAAAAAUACGAUUAUACUACUACUUACUAGUAUUACUACUACUACCUACUCAAAGAAAUAUCUGUCACGCCGAGGUAAACAACUUUUUAUUAAAAAAUCUUCAUAAUGCCACCUUUAAUAUUAGAAGAUGUGAGCUUAGGGCGAAAACAUAAGCAAUUUAACAAAUUAGUCAAAGAUGCAGCUAACACAUCAUUAGAUGCAAUCAAUACUGAUGAGAGUGACCUUGAUAAUUUGUUAAAAAUAGAGAUAGCUUGCACAACCAGGAAAGCAGAGUAUAUACUAGAAGUCUUUAAAUGUAAAGAUAUGCUAUAUAUCUCCAAAGCUAUUAAGCACAGCACAUGGUUAAUAAAGGACAAACAAUACUCUCAUUUCAUAAACCCAACAUACCUUCAUAAUGAAUUGUUCCCAAAUAUGUUGAAACAAGGCAUAAACAAACUCAUGUUACAUAUAAGACUAAAUUUAAAAGAUGAAAUAAGGGUUGAAGAAUUUUAUCAUUAUGUCAAAGAUAGACAACCUCAAGAUGCUUACAAAUGGUUACAAAACUGUUCUCUAGGCUUCAUAGAAACAGUAAUCAAAGAAGAAAGCAAUGACUUGCCAGUGCAUAUUCUCAAGCGUUUGUGCGAAAAGUCAUUUUCAAUAUUAAAGAUAUUUAAUGAGACAACUGGACGUUUCUAUGGUUCUACGAUGUCGAAAACAUUAUUUCUAAUAAAAAAAGAACCAGAGAAAUUUUUAGAUUUGCUUGAAAAUGUUCAAUAUUACCGGCUUCCAGCUUUUGGGCCAAAAUAUACUAAGAUUCUUAUGGAAAAAUGUCCACAACGAAUAUUAGAUAAUUUUCCAAAAUUCGCAAAAUGUGUAGACUGUGAAUGUUUUUCAAAAUAUUUAAAACCGGAUGAAAUACAAAGCUUUUUAUUAAAACAUGUCAAGAAUGAUGAACUUGAUUUCAUAUACACAUAUAAUAAUUUGAUACACUUUAUAAAACGCAUGCCUCAAAAAGGUAGAUUUGAAUUUAUACAGAAAAUUUUCAUUGAUAAAGACCUUAAAGAAGAGCUCGGCGAUUGUGACCGAUUAGGUGUUGCGAUGAGUUCUAAGCAGUCCAACAGUGUUCAAAAUUCUUAUGUUUGGUAUAAAUUUGCACCAUUUGAUGUGGCCUUUGUAGAGAUAAAGAAACUCAUACGUGCUGAAUCAUCACCCAUAGAAAGAAACUCUAUGAUGAUUGUUUUGCUUAAGUGUGCUGGAAAUAACUUGAAUGAUAUAAGAACAGUUCUCCAGUAUUAUCAUGACAAACAUAUUAAUGAACCUUUUAAAUUUAAGAUACAAUUUGUAAACACUGCUAUUUCAAAUAUCAAAGCUAUUAAAAAUCAUGAAACUUGGUCCCUCCUAAAUACACUCUUUCAUAGUAUGGAAGUAUAUGUUGAAUCUGAAAAUAAUGUGCAAAAAUGUAUUGAAAUUAUUAUUGUUCAUAAUGUUAUGGUUGGUGAAACAAAUCAAGAAAUUGUAAUUAAAAAGUUUUCUUUCAAUACAAUGAAAUCGUUUGCAAAGAUACUAAAUCAAGAAGAGAAAACAAAAUUGUUUAGUUUUCUAUAUGAUCACUUACAAACACAAUUAACUAGUCAAGAAAUAAAUGAUAAAACAUCUCUUGUAGAUAAUAUUGGAAUAAUAAAAAAUAUUCUGAUAUUAAUUAAAGAUUGGAAAAAACACAUAUCUGACUUUCCCUUUGUUUGGAAUAAAAUUCAAGAACUCAUGAGAAUUAAAAAAGAUAACUCCUGGGAUGUAGACUUUUCAUUUGUGUAUAAUUUAAACAAAGCCUGGAGACGACACAUGUUUAAGGAAUCUAUUGCCCUUUCUCCUACUGAAAUAGUAUUUAUAAAUGCUUUGAAACAUGAUCCAAAUUUAUUGGUUCUAUACAACAAUGACAUAAAGACUUUGUGUGAAAAGGAAACAAUGUCAUUGAGAAUGUUUCUCAGUAAAUUGCGUACAUAUUGGCCGCAAAAUCUUGCUAUUGCAUGGAAAGAAUAUUACUUUGAACGCCUCGAAAAUUCGAGUGUUCAUAAAUUUCUCAUUCAAAAUCUUAUUUCAUUACUUUCACAAAAGGAAUUGUUGAGCAUACUGGAAAAAUAUGCCCCAAGAGAAAAAAAAAUUAACUGGAGUGAAGAGAAUGAGCGUUUACUUAGUAUUCGUAAAAAUAUAGCAAAACUCAUGCACAUGUCCAGACCGCUUCUCCCUAUAGAAGUUGUAUUACUUUAUGCCAAAGGAGACUAUUUGCAGUUCACUGUUCCAUCUUUAACAUCUAUAUUACAAAACUCCAGCCAAAAUCAAACUAAAAUGGAUAUUCCUUUGUUUAUGAAUGCACCAGUGUCUUUACAAAAAAUUGGUAUUAAUUUUGCUUUUAACAAACUUCAGUCUAAAGAACUAAAACCAUUGUUGUCAGAUUUGUGGAUGUCCACAAAAAAUUCAAGCAUACGCGCUGUUCUUUUUAAGCUAACAUUUGAUGGAUUGUGUAAAGAAAAAAAUGAUGCCGAAGCUGAAGAACUUUGGAAAAUUUUAGAAUCUUUUAUUGAAAAUCUAUCCAGUGAAGAAAAUAAAAACAUUUACAAUAUGUUGGGUAAAAUUAAAACGGUGCCAUUAUCCAUAAGGGGAAGUUAUUAUAUGAGAAGUUACAUUUUACUGAAAUCAUUACCUCCAAAAGCUAAUUGUCAAUAUCUAUUGGAUAGGAUUAUAGAUUAUGCUCCUGAAGUCAUGGAUUUGUUAGAAAGCGAUUUCGUGGAGGAGAUUUUGAUUAAACCUAUGACAGAAACUCUUAACACCACAAAAUGUGAAUAUUUUUCUGUAAUCGCAUCUUAUUUACUUCAAUGUAAAGACAUUGCCGAACAAAAUGAACGAUUUGAACGAAUUCUAUCACCAUUACUCGAUAACUAUUUACCGAGAUAUCACGAGGAACAUGAACAAAAAAGAUAUGUUCGAUGUAACAUUGAAAAACUGCUUGAAUCAUUAACGUUAAACGUGAAAGAUACGAUUUUGAAAAAGAAGAAUGUAAUCCCAUUGAAAAUGUUCAAAGAUAUUUUAAUUAAGCUUGAAAAUUCACUUUCAAUGGUAGAGAAUUAUCAAACUUUUACUGCUUGGAAACUGACAUUAGCAUUUAUACAAGUAACUCAUGCAAAUGAAAAAUUAUUGCCUGCUUUUGAACCUGGUAAUCUAGAUGACAGCGUGCAUGAAAAGUUAUGGGAAAAAUUUAUUUUUGAUAUAUCAGUGCCAUUAGCCAAAGAAAUUAUAGAUAUUCUAAACGAAAAUGUGAAAGCAUAUUCACUGGCUAUAGUCACGUUAUUUGGCGAGACUUUCGAAGAAUUCUUAAGAAACAUCUGUUACUAUAACAGAAAUGACUUGUUAAAAUAUAUUCUUCAGUCCAGUGAAUCGGAAGGUACCUACAUUUUUGUGACACAUUCAUUUAUUCCAUUUACAGGUACAGAUGAGGACAAAGAGAAACUUAAAAAUAUCAAAGAACUUAUAAAAUUACAUCCAUCACCUAUCGUACAAAUCCAUUAUCAUAAUAAGCUUGACAACUCACGUAUAGAAUCGUUUUAAGCUUUUAUUUGUUUCAUAGAAGUAUGGCUUACUGUGUGUAAUGAGUUACGUGAGCCUACUUACCCUGUGGUGGUAUGAGUAUUUGCCUACCACCAACAGCAGUGCUUAUUUGGUAGUCCUAACCAAUCCUUGAAAAUAAAAAAAAUAAAAAUUAUGAAGUUAAAUAACUACCUAAUAAUUGUUGUUGUAAGAAUGAUAAUACCAAUUUUUAUUUUAAAUAAUAUAUUUUAUUAAUACAUUGAUUUCACUAAGUCGGUAUCUUUCAUAUUUACUUUAAGUAAAUAUAAUAAUAUGUUAUUAAAUAUAUACUUCAUUAAAGUUCAUUUAUUUUAUCAAAUUUUUUAUUUGUCAUUUCAUUUCACGCUCAAUGUGAUGUACAAAAGAAAACCAGAGUAUAGUUGUUACAAAGUACGACUGCAUGCCGCCCUUAGGUGACCAAUCUGUAUACGCGUCAAUGUAGGCUAUAGGUAGCUAAUGCACUGUAAGCUAGGUACUGACCGCUCCGUCAGCGUCGGGUACACACUAACGAAAAUGUGUAUUUACGAUUAUUAAAUAUACUACAAUUAUUAUUACUACAAAUAAAGGCCACGCGCGCUCGUACAUACUUUGUAACAAAUCUAAUAUAUAAAAUUCUCGUGUCACAAUGUUCGUUCCCAUACUCCUCCGAAACCGCUUGACCGAUUCUCAUGAAAUUUAUUAUGCAUAUUCAAUAAGCCUGAGAAUCGGCUACUAUCUAUUUUUCAUACCCCUAAGUGAUUAGGGUUGUCCACCCCUAACAUAUUUUUUUUAUUGGGACAUGUUUUUUUGUUAUAAUGAUGUAUUAUGUGGUUGAAUGAGGUUUUGUUAUUUUUAUUAUAUAUUCCCUCAUCGUUCACAGCACUACAUACCUCUUCCAAUCAUUUACCACAUCCUUACACACUUACAAUAAGUUUUUUUUUUUUCUACACUAGAAAUUCCCUAGAAAUCUUAUAUAUGGCAAAACAAUGUUUGCCGGGUCAGCUAGUAUAAUAAUAAUAUAAUAAUAAUAUUGCCUACACUGUCUAAUUAUGAAAACUAUUGUUCUCAUAGUAGUCUAAAUUCGAAUAAUUACUGUUACUUUACUGGUGGUAGGACCUCUUGUGAGUCCGCACGGGUAGGUACCACCACCCUGUCUAUUCCUACCGUGAAGCAGUAAUGCGUUUCGUUUUGAAGGGUCGGGCAGCCUUUGUAACUAUACUGAGACCUUAGAACUCAUAUCUCAAGGUGGGUGGUGGCAUUUAUGUUGUAGAUGUCUAUGGGCUCCGGUAACCACUUAAGAUCAAGUAGACCCUGAGCUCGUGCACCCAUAUAAGCAAUAAAAAAUAAAUAAAAAAGAAUUAGUAUUAUCUAAACUAGCCUUUUGGGUUAUGGCUAGGUUGAAAAGAAAUAGGUAUAUCCAAAAAAAAAAUACUGAAAAUACCGUAGCAUGUUUUAAAUUAUUAUUCGUAAUUUAGUAUUUGUAAUUUUUCUUCAUUUUUAAUGAAGUAUUUGAAACAACUUUUAUUUUUUUUAAUUAUUUGAAACAAUACUAAUUCUAAUUCUAAAAUUCUAAAGGUCUAAUUCGUUAGUAAAAAUUUUGAGAAAUCUACUAUUAGCCAUCUAAAAGAGAAGAAAAGAGCUAAAUAAUCGGUUAAGUAACCAUUAAAUGUCUUAAGUGCGGCAGUAAACGAUGACGAAGGAUUUGUGUGCAAGCACAUGUAUCACGAUCAUCAACUGGAAGAGAAACCCAAAAAGGCCUAAGUCUUGUAAAUGUUGUAUAACUGAUUAUAACGUUAGUAUUUUUUGCUAAAAAUUUCAUAUGUAGAUUUUUUAAAGUAUCUUUUAAAGUAGGCGUUGUCUAAGGCAUACGUUAAAGGCUUAUUACACUUGGCUAAAUUUAGUCGACUGCUGCGACUGCAGCUUUAGAAGCUUCUGAUUACACUGUUCUAAAUUCAGUUACUGAAUCAAUUGUCAGUUUAAGCGCGACGAAGUUGGACGUGUCGUGUGUGUACGAGGAUGCCCCCAAUAUUGUCUAGACAACAAAAAAUUGGUCCUGACGUAGCCGCCGCUGUCGGCUCAAUUGAAAAUGAAUGAAUCGGUUGUCUGUAAAGUCGGUUUACUAACGAUAGUUGAACGUGACAACGUCAUAAGAAAAUACUGAUGGAAUGGUUUCAUUUUUCAAAAGAAAAUUUUAAUUUUAUUUGUUUGAUAGGUAUUUUGUAUGGACAAUUGACACCACAUUCACUUUUCACUGAACUUCAUACUUGACGAAAACAUGUAAAUGUAUUAUUAUAUAGCUGCUGUCCACGCGGGUACAUCGCUCAAGUAGUCGAAGUCGAACGCUGCCGAACGCGGAAGCCGAUUGUGCCUCUUUGUUGCACGUUGCGCGCUCUCGCUUGCACUUCAAGCUUUAAAUGGAACGCCUCAGAGCGAGGUAACGCCGCAUGAGUCAUGUUUUUUCGUGCGUGCAGCCGACUCUAUCGAAUUAUAAGACGUUGUCACGUCAAAAAAGAAGAAUAUGGGUGAAGAAAUAUUUAUUGCUCAGCGGAAAAAUACCAAAUAUGAACAUUAUGAGUGAUUUAGAACCAGCAGACUUCAGAAAUUAUCUAUAAAUGGAUUCGAGCUCGUUUGACCUAAUAUUAAACCUUGUGACACCGUUUAUUCAAAAGCAGGAUACUAUCCUACGAUAGUCUAUUAUAUAACUAUUACAUAUCUAAUCCUACGAUAGUAUAAGUCCAGAAGAAAGAUUGGUUGUAACAUUAAGAUUUCUUGCAACAGGAAAUUCGUAUCAAAAUUUAAAAUUUAGUUCUUCAAUAUCCCAACCCCUGAUGACAAAAAUUAUCCCUGAAACAUAUCGGGCUAUUUAUAAAUGUCUGGAACAUUAAAUAAAGGUGACCGAAAUUAAUACUUUUUAUUCGGAAGUAAAAAACAAACUAAAACGUCCUUACGGACGGAGAGCUAUGGGACGACUGAAACUAUUAAGCAACUUAAUGCGAUCACACCUUCCUAAAUGCGUUUCUAAUUAGGCUUCUAAAUGAUUUAGUCAGUCAGAAACCAUCCUUGCUAUUGAAUUUAGUAGGCUAACGCUAACUUACUUAAUGCUAUUACACUUCACUGAAUUCAGUAGCAACUGAAUUCAGUCGACUAAAUUUAGCCAAGUAUAAUAAGCCUUUAGUAGGCAGCUUUAUGUGUAUUUGAGUGGUCCGUCCCUACAAGGAGAACUGGCGGGCGGUCGAGCUCCGGAUUUUCACGACCGCGGAUGCAGAUGACUGCCGACAGCAAUGAAUCCUAACUUACGAUACACGAGUUUAUCUAUAAAUCAGCUGGUCGAUUUACUGCGAGACCCUGACGCGUUUACGAUAACUUUGGCUUACGUUAAAAAAGUAGUUUCCAGUAACAUCUACUGUCGCUUAAUGUAUCACAUUAUCUUCACUUGUUUCUCUUUUUUCGUGUUUUGUGAUUUCUGUCCUUGGAAAAUAAACGAUGAGUGUUUCAAAUUUUGUGCGGGUGGUUUAAUUUCAUACCAACUACGAAUAAUAAAACUAUAGUGAAAUAGUAAUUACGCUUCAAAAAUGGUUCCACGUAAAUAGCCGCCGCGGAGGGCGGGGCUUAAAAUAGCUACAGAACGGCGCGCCAGUUCGCUGUCGCACUCAUGUCGUGCGGUUGUGUUGCGUCAGUUUUCGGUUGACCAGAUAAUUAUUAUUUUGCUCGUUUUGAUUUUGCAAGUAUGCCAUCGUGUGUCGUGAAAUGGUGUAAAAGCCAUACAGAUAUGAAAAACAGUGGAAUUAGCUUUCAUAAGUAAGUAUACAAACAUCGUAAAAUUUCAUACUAUUGAUGAUGGAUAGUGUUAUGCAAUAUGUACGAUUACUUUUUCUAUGCAGUAGUAGUUCUUUAUACUGCUCAGAUAAAACAUAAGUUUUAUUUAAGUAGCAAGGAUGAUAUUAUGCAGCGAUAACAAAAGAUUUUAUUACUGCAGAUUUCCGACAAAUGAAAUUCAACGUAAAAAAUGGAUAACCGCAGUACGUUUGGAAAGAAAUGAAACAAAUUGGACGCCUUGCAAAAAUAGCACAAUAUGCAGCAUACACUUUCAAAAAGAGGACAUGUACGCACUUGAAAAUGGAAGUCGUGUGCGAUUAAAAAAAUCUGCGUUGCCCAUUUGCACUAUGGUUACUCCAUUGAAUGUACACUCAAAUGACUUUUUGGAACCUUCAUCUACCACGUGUACAACAAAUUUGCAGAAAGAGUCCUCAGUGCCACGGGAAGAUGUAAAAAAUAAAGCUAAUUUAAGGGAAUUACAUUCACCUAAUUGUAGUAAUAUAGAACAAAGAAAAAGGAAAUUGGAGAAAACAACUGAUAAAGUAAAUAUUUGCAACAAAAUGCAUGAAAAAAAUAAUAAAGAACAUGACCUUGAAGAGCCUGGUUGCAGCUACAUGGAAGAAAAAAAGAUUAAAAAGGUAGAAUGUCCGAAUUGUGAACAUAAAUUUUAUAUCGCGAAUGAAAUUUUGGAGAACAAAGCCAGUCUGUCGGCCUCAGAAAAAUUAAAACCUUCAUGCAGCACUCCGAUAAGUGUACCUUCGCCUGAAAUUGAAUCUGCUUUUAAUAGUCCUCAACACCAAAAACUAAAAAAAGAACUAGAUUUAAAGAAGAAUCUCGCGAAUAAACGAUUAUUUAAGAUAAAGAUAUUACAGCGGCAAAAUAAAAGGCAAAAAAAAAAGAUUUUAUCGAUGAAAUACUUUAUUGAGAAUUUAAAAAAAAAUGGGUUUGGGCAUUCAAAUUUACAUACAGCGCUCAGUGGGUUCUCUGGAGUAUCGUACGUAUGCUGCAAAAAAGCUAAAUAAACUAAUUAUUUUUAGAGGUACAUAGUUCAUAGUUUAAUUUUGAUUUAAUUUGUAUGCUAGUGAUUACUGAAUAAAUAUUCUAUGUUAUCUCCAA